ACGUCUGUAUUAGUUCGACACAUACUUGAGUUAUUAUAAAAUGUAUUCAUGUACAGUAGGUCGCAUGGCUGAUUAAUGCACGAAGGCUCACUUUUACUUCUAAUAAUCUCGGAUCGAGAAUAUCAACUCACAACGUGGUAAAAAGUUUAUAAAAUCUGAUUUGAUAGCAAAGACAGGACAACAUUCUAACUUGACGGUUUUCUUUUUCUUUUCAUCCGGCAUUCGGAACAUGUGUGCUUACACAGCGUGCACUCAUCCAUCUUUAGCUUGUUACAGGGUCAUAAAUAUUGACGGGGGAUUUCGCAUCCAUGUUGAGGAGUUCAUGAUGGCUGACACAAUAUGCAACGACACCUUCUACUUUGAAGAUAACAUUGACGGGGAUUCCUUCACUGACUCUGCUCGCUGCCUCACAUACAAGCUCCAGUGCAAGGACAACAAAUAUCUGUUUCUUAAUUCUGAUGGAGAGUUCCGGCUUCAGCACAUGACCAUACAGGAGCAGUGUCAGCUUGACUGCAGAUUCAACAUACAUUUGUACAGUGACUCAUCCAGAGAUCAGAAGCAGGGAAUCGCAGUCAUACUCUACAUGAAGAAGGAUGGCCGGAAGCUGGUGGUCUGCUGCAGGAGGAACAAUGAAAUCUAUUCUGAGGCCAUGGAACUGCCGUACAAAAUCGAAGACAAGGCCCACAAGGCCUUGUUCUACCUGACCAAACUCACACAUGACAAGUUCAUGUUUGAGUCAUCUGUGUUCCCUUCCACAUUCCUGGGAUUCGAGCCAGUGAAGGAUAAUCCCUCACUGAAGAAACCGGUGUUGCAUGAAAAAGGUUUUGAUGGAGUGGGCGAGGACUCAGAGGUCAUUUUAUCCAAAUGUCAUUGAUGGGAUGGAGAGAAGCCAGAAAAGGAAACCCAACUUCUAACAUCCCUGACAUCUUUUUAUGUUUUUUUUUUUUUUUUUUUUACAUUUAUUGGAAUACUGUUAUCUGAUAGAGAUGUAGACAGUUGGUACAACUUGUUUACUGUGGUCAAGGUGUGAGAGAAAACACAAGUGUCAUAAUGGUCACUAUUUACUGUUCAAAUGCAUUGCAACACAAAUUAGGAACAAGUUCUAGAUUAAACUAAAUGAGUGAUGAGGUUAUUUAUUGCUAAAAAUGCAUUUUUAAAAAGAAAAUAUUUUUAAAAGUUGGUAAAGACCUAGUAUGUAUGUAAAGUAACUGCUACUUAUUGUCAUAUCAGUUUUUUUUCUCUUUGGGUAAACUAAAAAAACUACAGCGUUAAAGUAAGGCAUUACCAUUUUUAAUGUUUCACCUUUAUUUAUUUUUUAUAAGCUCUUUGAAAAUAAUGUGCAUCUCCAUGAAUGUCUCUCUUCUAUAAUUAUGCAUCUGUUUGAGUAAGCCACAUUUAAAUGAUUUUUAAAUGAUGAAAGU